ACAGCUGUCGGUAUUAAGGUCCUCCAAAGUUCAAGUGGAAUAGUUGAGUUUCAGGAGUUAGCUGAGGCAGAGAGUUUUGUAUUUUUAAAUUUAACUGAAAUGAAUUUGGAUUAAUGUAAACUACCGAAGGAAACUGAAAAGAAAGCCACCAUGACUGUAGUUAUUGGGUUUGAAGGCAGUGCCAAUAAGAUUGGUGUAGGAAUCAUCAGGGAUGGUGAAGUUCUUUCCAACCCCAGACGGACUUACAUCACACCUCCUGGUCAAGGAUUCAUGCCGAGUGACACCGCUCGGCACCACCGUGCUGUCAUACUGACUGUCCUGAAGGAGGCGCUGGAACAAGCAGGGCUGAAGCCUGCAGACAUUGACUGUGUGGCGUACACCAAAGGUCCUGGUAUGGGUGCCCCCCUGGUAACGGUGGCUCUGGUGGCUCGUACAGUCGCACAGCUUUGGGGGAAGCCGCUGCUCGGUGUCAACCACUGCAUCGGACACAUAGAGAUGGGUCGACUCAUCACCAAAGCCAACAACCCCACUGUGCUUUAUGUUAGUGGAGGGAACACACAGGUUAUUGCAUACUCAGAGCGGCGGUACAGAAUAUUUGGGGAGACCAUCGACAUUGCAGUUGGCAACUGUUUGGACAGGUUUGCCAGAGUCAUAAAGAUAUCCAAUGACCCCAGUCCAGGCUACAACAUAGAGCAGAUGGCCAAGAAAGGCAGUCAGUAUGUGGAGUUACCAUACACAGUUAAAGGAAUGGACGUUUCAUUUUCUGGGAUUUUAUCCUACAUUGAGGAAGCUGCUCAUAAGAUGCUCAGCUCUGAUCAGUGUACAGCAGAGGACCUGUGUUUCUCACUGCAGGAGACAGUAUUCUCCAUGCUGGUGGAGAUUACAGAGAGGGCCAUGGCUCACUGUGGCUCCCAAGAGGUCCUCAUCGUAGGAGGUGUUGGCUGUAACCUGCGUCUGCAGGAGAUGAUGGGGGUGAUGUGUAAGGAGAGGGGAGCCAAGCUGUUUGCCACAGAUGAACGAUUCUGUAUAGACAACGGAGCAAUGAUUGCUCAAGCCGGCUGGGAGAUGUUUAAGUCCGGUCAGGUGACAGAGCUGGAAGACUCAUGGAUUACACAAAGGUACAGAACAGAUGAAGUUGAGGUGACAUGGAGAGACUGACUGAUGGACUGAGCGACACAUCUCGGUGCUAAAUAUGUUGUUGCAGCAGGUCUGUUAUGACAUGGGGUGUAGUACACCUGGCCUCUAAAGGGACACUUAAACUCUCUUGCAGUUGACAGUUAAGAUUUGCUACUCUGUCUCAUUUAGCAUUUUGCUUUAAUGCCACCAAAUGAUGUUGUGGGGUUUCUAGGUGUUUAGUUGACUCAUGUUUACAGGAUAGAACUGGUGAUAUUCUAUAUUUUUCUUAAUGUCAGGAAAAAUUCACAUUAGUCCCCAACAAAUACACCGUUUCCGAGUUAUGUUUGCUGGCUGUUGCUGUUGCAGUAGUUAGGUAUAUUUUGAUCUUAAAAUGUGCUGCCCACAAAAUUCUGUAGACAAACCACACACACACACACUGCACAACUUCUGGUCACUAAAAGUGGUGGAGCUUUCCCCGGAUAGGUCACCUCCUACACAACAGAGUUCACAACAUCUAAAACAAACUUGGAUGAAGAGGUACCUUUUAUAAAUUCAGAUGGCUGUACUUUUUAUAUUAGAUCCCAGAGAUGCACUUGUGGAGUUUCAGGGCUGAUAAUUGCAUUUGUUUUGGCUGAUAGAGUAACUGAUAAUAUUACUGUAGAAAUCACAAAAAUCUGAGGAGAACAAUAAAGGCAGACUUUGGUUAGCAAAUAAACCAUGUUUGCUAAUCUCACUCCCUGCUUUCUUCAGUGUUGGUAGAAGAUCUGACCUUAAAAAUAACAUUUUUACUUCUGUAGACACUGUCCCCAUUCUAAACUGGCCACCAGCUUAUUGUGCAUCACAGUAACAUCUUUAAAGCAGCUGUUUUCCUUUGAAAAUAUGGUGGCAUAACUCAAUUGUUUUUACAGGUGUUGCAUCCUGUUUUAUAUCCAGUUACAAAUUGCUUGUUGUUAGGUAUCAUACACUUGAGGAGAGAAACAUGAAGAGAAAGCUGAUUUCUGACUCUCAGCCUCUACAGCAGCAAUUCUGAAUAUGUUCAAAUAAAAAGAACUAAGAGGUUA